AUUAAAAUAUGUAGAACUUUAUAUCCUUCUCCUGUAACCUUCAUAUUGACUUGAAAGGGACAGAACAGACUCUUCACACCACAGUGCACUAGUUCGGGGCUUUAGUGAGCAUCACAAAAGGUCACUUCUAUGAAGAGCAUCAAUAGGGGACAUCAAAAACCACAAGCAUCUAAAACUGAAUUUGGUGAAAAGAUUUAAAAAUUAUUAAAGUUAUUUUGAUUUAAUGACAAUUUGACCAGACACAAUGGUCAAGGUUUUUGGCUUUAUAAUCAUGAUCAUCAGUGAUAUUUUAGCCCUGAUACCAGUAGCGAUUAUUGCUCCUGUCUUCCCAUUUGGACAGCCAGAUCCUUUUAAAAUGUAGCUUCCUUAGCUGAUUUUUUUAAGCAUUGUAAUAGUCUGGACUUGUACAAUAGAAGUGAAAUAAGAAAGGAGUAGAAGAGGGUACAGAGGUUUCCCCAUGUGUCUGUCUAUCCGAACCACCAGGGGGGACUAAUUCCUCAUCUAUAUCUUUACUGCAGCAAGUGUCUGAAAAAAACACCUAUGCUUGAACCAGGUCUAGAAAGUCACUGAAUUCAGCAGAGAGGUUGUCUUCGUUUAUAUUAAGAGAGCUUUUAUCUAAAAUCUUGUAAAUUUGCAGUGCUCUUUCCAGUCUGUGCAGCAAUGCCAGCACAAGUCUGGCCACAGAGGGACGCACGUUCAGCUGUGUAAUCGUGUCUAUCAGUAGGGUACAGUCAGUGCCAUCUCAUGACUUCUUCAGACUGGCCUGUGACUUGUGCUAAAUCUACUGGACCGACAGAAGACUCAGCAGAGAGUCUGGCUUGGCUUCUUACUGCUUAAACUCACUCCAUACCAGUGACCAUGGCUUUGUAAUUGAAAGGAAUAUUUUUUGGACUGUACGUGCACAAGGCAUCUCUUCUUUAGCGGUUGCUUAAUCACUCCUUUGUGGCUGCCUCACUACUCCAUUUCUUUUUUCCAACUAUUACAGCCUUCCUGAUUUAUUUCAAUUUCACUGCAUAUUUUACUAUUUUUAAGCAAGAUUUGGCCAUCUUGAAACAAAACUGUGUUAUUUCUAUGAUCACAAAGGGUUGAUAUGUUUUAUAGUAUCCUGUUAAACAACAACAAAAAUCUGUGUGUGAAGUAUGUACUCUGGAGAUCUGUCAGGAAAGUUGUAUAAUUUUGAAUUUCUACUUAAAAGCCGAAUGCUAGAAGUUUCUUUAAAUUUUGAACUCUGUCAGACCAGUGGGAUUCUUCUUGUGGUCUAUAGAAAGAUUUGGAAAUACUGAGGAGAAUUCUCUAGCCACAUUAAUUUUUCAAUUUUUUAUUUUGUGAAUUAUUACAUGUGUGAACUCAUUAGUUGGUGCUUUCAGGCACUUGUAAUUGAAUUCUUACCUUCCUUAACUAGUCUGGGAACUCUCCCCAUCUUCUGGGCACAAUCAGUCACGGUUUUGUACAUGUCAUUAUUCUGAAAUUAUCUUUUGUGUUACAUGCUCAGACUUCUUAAAAUCAAUUUCCUAAUAUUUUACUAUUUUACCUUUUUAAUAUGUAAAAUAUUACUCUGGUAUACACAGAAUUUGUGAGAAUAAAAGCUUUUAGACACUGUGAUGGGAAGUGGGAAGAGUCAGAACAAGUGAUUAAGUUAUAUUUGUUGUAAUUUUUAUUGAGUUUCCUGCUUAACACAAACUCAAAUACCUGUGUAUUUUAUAUACCGCUCCUUUUUUAAAAAAAAACAAACCUAGACAAUUCCUGAUCUAAGAGGAGCCUGCAGAUAUACAUACAAAUCAAAAAAGGUAGCUUGUGAGAAAUAAUUUAAUUUCUGUAAGUCAUUCUCCCAUAAAUUCAGUAGGUUUCUAUAUUUUAUUAUAGUGAGAAAGAAAAUUUAAUUGUUUCCUGUCGGUUAGAUGGUGAUUGUGCUCUCUUGAUGAGGUAUUAGCCUUUAUUUGAUCUGUUUCUGUAGCUGGGACUAGCAGUAUUGCCAGGUUUGUGCAGUAAGUGCUGACCCAGUUUGGUCAACAUAAUUGAUAUAACAGAUACAGGCAAAAUAUGUUAUUCUUUGUGUAAUGCACUAACAGACAGAAAUAAGAGGAGGUAUCUGAAGUGCUUUAAGAGUUUUUGUUUCGGUGUCUCAAACUUGAGUAUCAAAAUCUGCAACCUGGAACGUUUUCAGCAUCCCAGGAUAAAAUCAGGUUGUAACCUAUCUUCAGUUGUGACAGGUAGAUUCUGUGUUCUUAUUUGAAACAUCCCAAUCAAAAUUUGACUGCUUUUGUUAGUAAUUGACUAAUAUUCGGGGUCCACCUCAACCCAGCCUUUGCAUGACUCUGUGCUCUUGGGCAAACCAUACAGUGCUGCUUCUCCAAGAGAGACUGUGGGGAAGUCUGGGAGAAGGUUGCAGAGAGACUCUGGUAGGCAGAUGUGGGAAUUAUCAGUUGUAAUUUUAUGGAUUUUUAAGUUUUCUCUCCCUAAGAAAAAUAACUGUGAUAGAUACAGCUUUGAAGGUGGUAGCUGUCAUGCAGGACAUCAGUGGUUCUACUCAAUAACAUGUCAGAUAGUUGUGUUCAGCUCCAUUUGGAAAUACAUCAUCUAAUUACACUCCUCCAAAUUUCUAGUAUGUUCUUAAAGCACGGUGAGCUUUGUGAGAAAUUAUUAUGAAAGCUUGUGAGAGUUACUGACUACAUAUUGGUAAAAGAGUGAUCUUGGUUUUCAUCAAUUUUUCUUUUCUUUAAUAGGGACAGGAAACUCUGUGUUUGAAUUUAUGCCUUUAAAAAUGUUACACCUGAUGAGUCAACUAUACUUUCCCUUUACAUACUUCUGGUAAUCAUGUUUUUACUUCCGUUCCCCAUUUCACACAAUUUUCUCUUUCACUUUUCACCCGUGGCCUGAGCUGGGGAAAACAUAGCAACAAAAGCAGAAAUUCUUUUUCUUCACAGAAUUUAUUGUGAUGAUAACUGAUGGUGCUGCAGUAGGAUUAAUUAAGAUUGCAGAGAAUUUGAAAAAAUAACUGAACUUUCCCUGAAGACAUGUGACUGAGGAUGACUGUGCUGAAUUUUGUUCCUCUUUCCUCAAAACAUUUCUGUUAGAUACUGAGCAAAAAAAGUAAUUAUGUUCGGACUUAUUUUUUUCACUUUAUUCACCUCUGGAGUCAGUGAAUUUCUUUGUAUGUCAUCAGAUCUUGAAAUGUCGUAUACUUUUUGUGAUUCUACAGCUCAUGCUUUCAUGUUUAAUUUGACACCUUGCAGCGUCAUGAAAACAGACAUCUGGAAGGCUACUCUUAACUGGAUUCCAAGAAGUGACAUCACCUUUUUGAAGAUUGUCUUCCAUGUCUGGUAUGACGGUGCUAAAGUGUUUCACCUGAAACAGCUCCUGUGCAGUGGAACUGACGAUGAAUACUCAGUGUGUGAAAUGCUGAAAGGAGAAACACUUGUAGAAGAAUUUGACAUUAAAGGUUUAAGAACAUCAUUUCUAAAGGGCAAUUAUAAUAUUAUUAUACAAGGAUUCUCUGAUGAUUCUGAGAAUAAUAUGGUCAUAUGCUUGAAUUUCACCAUGAUAAUAAAACAAGAUGUUUACUGAGUGCGACAAACUUUUCAAAUAAUUCAAGAACACUGAGAUCACUUCUGCAAGCAACCGGAAUCCAAGCUGCGAAGUAAUAAGCAAACUAGAUUUCCUGAGGUAGAAUACAUCUUGUGCUGUCUGGAAAGCUAUAUGAUAUAUAAUCUUACUUGUUUAUAGAACUGCUGUAAUCAGGUGCUCAGCCAAUGUGCACAAAAUCUCCAGGUAUCAGGCAUUCUAAUUAAUCCACAGAAUAACCCUGACUGGAUGUCAGGCUGAGGACUGCAUUUUGGUGCUGUGCCUUGAGUUAUGAUAAAGUCAAGUUCUUCAGACUGAGCUAAACUAAUCAUGAAGUUUGGAAGUUUUGAAGUACAAGAAUCAGUUCAUCAGUACUCAAUUUAAAACACAGCAAUUGAAUUUUGGAACCCUACCAUAAGUUGUUGGCUUUUUUCCUUUUAACAAUAAAACUUGUUUGUAUAAUCAA